GGUACGCACGGCUGCCACGACGGACCAAAUCUUUUCUUAUCCCCAACCCACCACCAACACCAUGCCGUCACGGUCGCCGUCCAUGGUGCGCGUCGUGUCGUCGUCCACGGUGAAGCCGCCGCCGCGCCCGCGCGAGCGCAUCCCGCUCACCUCCUGGGACGCCUCCAUGCUCUCCUCCAACUACAUCCAGAAGGGCCUCCUCUUCCACAGGCCCACCUCAUGCUCCCCGGUCAACGCCGCCGACCACCUCGCCGCCGCGCUCGGCGACGCGCUCGUCCACUACUACCCCAUCGCCGGCCGCUUCGCCACGGAGCAGCACAGGGACGACCGCACCGGCGCCGUCGUCGGCUGCUCCGUCCACGUCGACUGCGACGGCCAGGGCGUGGAGGUCGUGCACGCCGUGGCCGACGGGGUGACCAUGGCGGACGUCAUCCCGCCCGACGCCGACGUGCCGCGCGGCGUGUUGGCGCAGUUCUUCCGGCUCACCGACGCCGUCAACUACGGCGGCCAGGAGCAGCCGCUGUUCGCCGUCCAGGUCACCGACCUCGCCGACGGCGUCUUCGUCGGCUUCGCCUACAACCACGCGCUCUCCGACGGCACCGCCUUCUGGGACUUCGUCAACUACUGGGCCGCCCUCGCGCGCGCCAGGCUCGGCCUCGCCCCCGCGCCACCGGUGGCGAAGCCCUCGUUCCAGCGCUGGUCGCCCGACGGCGGUGCGGCGGGGCCGGCCGUGCUGCCGUGCGCCGACGUGUCGGAGCUCAUCGAGCGGGCGCCCCCGCUGCAGCUGCGCGAGCGGAUGCUGCACUUCUCGGCCGACUCGCUGGCGGCGCUCAAGGAGCGCGCGCGGGAGGAGCUCCUGGCCGCCGGCGACACGGCGGGCGCGGCCGCACUAACCAAGUUCCAGGCGCUCUCCUCGCUCCUCUGGCGCUGCAUCACCCGCGCCCGGCGCCUCUCGCCGGAGCAGGACACGACGUGCCGCGCGGCCAUCAACAACCGCGGGCGGCUCCGGCCGCAGCUCCCGCAGGACUACUUCGGCAACACCAUCUACGCCAUCGGGACCGAGGCAACGCGCGCUGCGGACGUUCUCAACCGCGGGCACGGGUGGGCGGCGGCGGCCGUGGGGCGGGCCGUGGCGGCGCACACGGACGCGUCCAUCAGGGCGCGCGUGGCGGCGUGGACCGCCAGGCCCAUGGUGUACACGCACCGCUUCUUCGACCCCACGGGCACCAUGAUGGGCAGCUCGCCGCGGUUCGACAUGUACGGCUGCGACUUCGGGUGGGGCAGCCCCGUGGCGGCGCGCAGCGGCGUGGCCAACAAGUUCGACGGCAAGACCUCGCUCUACCCCGGCCGCGAGGGCGGCGGCAGCAUCGACGCCGAGCUCACGCUGUCGCCCGAGAACAUGGCGGCCCUCGAAAAGGACGACGAGUUCUGGGCCGCCGUCACCCCAGACGCGCCCGUGCCGGCGCCGGAGAAGAAGGCCACUUGAAUCAUCUUCCAUUCCAUGCAUGUCAACACCGUACCUCUGGUUGGUGCGAUUUUCAUUUUCUUGGCUUUGAAUUUUUAUUUUAUUUUUGCGAGAAGCUCGGAUUUGAUUUGGCUGAGGCUUCCUUCCUUCCCACUAAGUAAAAUGCCACAUCUUUGAAAUUUGGAUA